GCGGCACUGAUAAUAAUGUGGUGAUGUUAUGGGCGGCUGGUAGGAGACGUAUUCCGCACAAAACAUUUGACAUCCAUCUGCCGUAACUUUCCGCCAAGUUAUAAUAGUUUGAUAAAGCUCCAGACCUCGUCUCGCACCUGCUUCUUGCAACAAUUGUUCAUCGCAAAACACAAGAAACUUCAUCAUGGAUGCCAAAAACCCCAACAAGGAGUUUAGAACUACUCCUGAGUAUGCUGAAUAUCAGCGUGACAACUUCUGGGCUGAUAAUGAGGGCAAGGUUCCGCCUUUCAACACUCACCCCGACAAACUCGAAGAACGAGCAAAGGAGAAGCUCUCAGAAGGUGGCUGGUACUACGCCUCUUCAAAUGCUGGCUACUCUACUACCCAUCUUGCCAACCGCCAGGCCUUCUACCGUCAUCGCAUCAUUCCUCGCAUGCUAGUCGAUACCAACAAGCGCGACACUUCUUGGGAGAUUUGGGGCCACAAGACCAGCGCACCUAUUGGAUUCUCUCCCAUCGGCAUUAACAAGAUCUACAACCCAUUGGGGGAGCUUCCGGUCGCAAAGGUUGCAAAAGAAUUGAAUUUGCCGUAUUGUUUGAGUACUGCUGGCUCGCAACCCAUUGAGGACGUCGGUGCUGCUAAUGGAGAGGGACCUCGAUUCUUCCAGCUUUACAUGCCGCAUGAUGAUGAGUUGACUGUUUCGCUUCUGCGCAGAGCCAUUGACUCUGGCUUCACUGCUUGUAUCUUGACUGUCGACACAUGGCAGCUUGGCUGGAGACACGAUGAUGUCGCAAACUCCAACUACGCAUUCUACCACGGUAUCGGCGCUGAUCUAGGUCUCUCUGACCCAGUCUUCCAGAAGAGAAUGGCCGAAGACGGCAUCGAUCCUGUCAAGGAGCCCAACAAAGCAGGUGCUAAAUGGAUUGACAAUGUCUGGCACGGUAGAGCUCACAGCUGGGAAAAGAUGCCCUGGCUCAUCAAGACCUGGAAGGAGAUGAGCGGCGGCAAGCCUUUCGCCAUCAAGGGUAUUCAGAGCGUGGCCGAUGCAAGAAAGUGUGUUGAGAUUGGUUGUGAUGGUAUCGUUGUCAGCAACCAUGCAGGCAGACAAGUCGAUGGAGCUGUCGCAAGUCUUGACGCUUUGGAGCAAAUCGUCGACGCUGUUGGUGACAAGAUCUACAUCAUGUUCGACUCUGGCGUCCGUGGUGCCUCGGAUGUAUUCAAGGCUCUUGCUCUCGGAGCCAAAUUCGUCUUUGUUGGUAGACUCUGGGUCUGGGGUCUUUCGAUUAUGGGUGAGCACGGUGUGAGGCAUGUCAUGAAGUCCCUGUUGGCCGACUUCGACAUCCUUCUGAACGUUGCCGGCUACCAGAAUGUUGGACAAAUUCAAGGCAACCGCGAGGCACUUGAGUCACUGCCAAAGGUGUAUUCGCUCAUCCAGGAGAGAGCCAAGCUUUGAAGAGCUAUGAGAAUAAUGACAUGAUGGAUAUGAUGAAAAUUAGAACUCGAAGUUGUUAGCCGAGACUACCUCCAGGUUUGCCAAAUCGUGUCACGCGUAUGACUGUUGUAAUGCACGAUGGGUUUUCAAGCCGGAGCCAUGUCCAAUGGGGGCGUAU